AUGGUUGGGGCUUUCCCGGUAUUUAAGUUAGGAGCACUAGCUAUCAAACAAAUUGGGAAGCCCCUUGCUAAUUACCUAAAAAGAAAGGCCAAAACAAACACAUUCUUCCGCCAUUACGUGUGCUUGCCACCAGCACAGUUUUAUCACUUAUGGGAAACUCGGUUAAAAUUAAAGUUAUUGGGUCUACAAAAGCCGAAAGAAGUGGCCAAACUAAGUGAGGAUGCUGCCGUUGAUCUCGGGGCGGAAGUGCUGGGAGAAGUAAUCAUCUUCGUGGUGGGGGCCUCCUGUCUCUUGUUGGAAUAUCGUCGACAAGUCAGAAAAGAAGCUAAUAAGGAGGAUUAUGUACAAAAAACACUGGAUCAACUUACUAGUCAAGUUAAUGAGCUCAUGACUUUGGUCGAUAUCCAAGAGGCUAAAGUCAGAGAGCUUACAAAAGCAGUUGCCACUUCUAGUCCUGAAAAUAGGAGAUUUUGA